UAAAACGCGCCCGCAGAGCGAAAAGACGAAAGUGACGGAGCGCAAGAAGCAGCAGCGGAAUAAUCAACAAAGGCGGCAAACAUGGCGAGAGGAAAAAGGAUCCAGAAACCGGAAGUGGAGACCUCCGCCAUGGGAAUCCGGCAGAGGAGGCGAUUGUGCGUCGACCAAGUGGUGAGCGACCUGUGCCUGGGAGACUACGAGCAGGCCCUGCUGCGGAUCAACAAGGAGCUGGAGGGCAUGCAGGACCACGCGGAGAUAAUGGCUCUGCUGGAGCUGAAGAACAUCAUCGUAAGACUGCGACUGAAGGGCGAGGCCCAGCGGACGUUCGGCCCAACCCGCCAGUCGGAUGCCCUGCCCAAUGGAUUCACUCUCGAGAUGCUGGACGUGGUUCAGAAGGUGCUCCGGUGCCGCAAUCACUACGAGGUGCUGCGCGUUUCGCACCACGCCACUUACUCGGAGGUGAAGCGGGCCUACCACAAGCUGGCCCUACGUCUCCACCCGGACAAGAACCGGUCACCAGGAGCGGAGCAGGCCUUCCGCCGCAUCAGCCAGGCGGCGGACUGCCUCACGGACUGCCAAAAGCGGACCGAGUAUAACAUGGCAACGGCAGUGGGUGACUGCCAGGGGCAGCAUGCCUCCGAGUACGAGGACAACCUGGACGGGAGCGAAGUCAACGAGGAGGAGCAGGCCGACCUGGGGACCUGGGGACAUCGCAGGCCAUAUCAGGCGGCCAACCAGCGGAUGCCCCAGCGACAGUCGCUCUAUCAAACAGAACAGCUCGUAAUCGGAGUGCUGGCUGCGUUGGUUUUCCUCUUCAUCACCAUGCACUAUAUAGCAGCCGCACCUGCUUACAGUUUCACGCCAACCAGAACCCACAGUUUUCGUCGCGUCAGUCAGACGCAUCAAAUAACGUACUAUCUCAACCCAAAGAGUCUGGCGAAAUACACAGAGCAGCAGUUAGUCAAGCUGGAAUCGGAAGUCGAGCAGGUUUACAUCUCUGAUCUCAAGCAGAACUGCAAACAAGAGCGAACUUUGCGGGAAACAUUGCUGCUCAGGGCGAGGCAGGGAAACAAUCGUAAGCUGCUCCAACAUGCCAGCCAGAUGCCCACUCCGGCCUGCCACACGUUGCUCCAACUGGGAAAAUCUGGCAGCAGCCCACCACUGCUGCUGGAGAAUCGGUCUUUGCGAGAGCCAAACCAUUUGAAUCAGGACUAGGAAGGGAUGUUGUGUCAAGUUUUUGUGUUGCUAGAAGAGGAUUAGUGUGGAAAUAAAUCAGUAGUUUGUAAAAAA